AUGAGACCCAACAAUCUUCUCGAUGUCGAUACUUUAUCCCCUUCCUCGUGGGAGGAGUCUGUAGGUCGCACCGCCGUCGUCCUGGACUUCAACUUGGGACCACCAUAUCCUGCAUCCAUUCCAGUCCACGCCAUUCAACCCUUGCCUAUACUUGCAGCACCAGUGCUCUACGCGGCAUCCAUCUACGUAGUUCUGGGCCACCUCGUGACACACCUACAUGCGGAGCAAAUGAGCCUCAUCUGCGUUAGAUGGAUGACCAAGAUUAUUGUCGCGGGCGACGUCCUCUCCAUCCUCACUCAAUCUGCUGGCGGAGAUAUUAUGGCUGGAUUGCUCAUCCAGCUGAUCUCCUUUGAAUUUUUCGUCGUGAUCUCUGCCAUCUUCCACUUCCGCAUUGGCCGACAGCCGACACCCUGGGCCCAGAAAGACCGAGUCCUGUCAAUGCGCCGUACGUGGCGUGAACGAAACUGGGGCUCUCUCUUGCUGACGCUGUACAUGACGAGUGGACUGAUUCUCAUUAGGUCGAUCUUCCGGGUGAUUGAAUAUCAGGGUGGGCCUGACGGCUAUUUCAUCACGCUCGAGGCCUAUUCAUUUAUCUUUGUCACCCAUAUCUGA